AUGCAGGCCUUUGUCCCCAAGAACCGGAGACCUCGGUUUGAGUUAAUACUCAGAAUCAUUGACCUCAAUAAUGUUCCCCUCGUGAGCGGUACCGCUUUCGUCAAAUGGCGCCUACCGUCAUCUAGUGCGCCUGAACACCAUGGUCACACAGAUAAGGCGAUCAUCAUAGAUCAUCGGGCAUAUUGGAAUUAUGAGAAGGUCCUGCAGGUCAGGCUCACCAUUGACCGCAACCAGACUCUACACGAAUGCGAGUUGUACUUUGAAGUCAUUCAAGAGUUUGCGUCAGGGGGGAACAGUGAGAAGAAUCUGCUAGGGAGGAUUAGACUCAAUCUUUCCGAAUAUGUGGAUAAGAGUGACGAUGAUGAGGGCAUCGUGCGAAGAUACUUGAUGCAGGAUAGCAAGAUCAACAGCACACUUAAAGUUGGUAUAGCUACACGCCAGGUCGAAGGGGAUCGGAACUACAUUACGCCGCCUCUCAAAUCAGCCAUGGUCUUUGGCGGAAUCGCUGGGGUUGUAUCCUCAGAACAGGGCGAACACGACGAUCUGGGCCGGCUUCCCUCGAUCAACACCCAGAGCCGCGAAGUGACAGAUAUGCAAGACAUGUACCGCCGCACACUGGCCGCGUCCUGGAAUUCGCGGGCGGACGAUUUACCGGCCGACAAGCUGAUCGAAGAACUGUUCUCCGGUGGCAUUAGCUGGGCAGAUGGGCAUGAUGCCCGUGCAGAGAAAUCAGUCGAGAAUCAGGCAGAUCGACUGGCACCACAUGGGCGCACAAGCGUAAGGCAAGCUUCAGCAGACAAUCGAUUGUCUCCUUCCAAUUUUGAGAGGCGACCAAGGAGUUCUUCAAGCAAUCAUUAUCGCAACGAUGUGAAAGGAACAGACUUUGCCCCAGCCGCUGAUCAUACACGGAAAAGCGGAAGCAUAGAACAGCAACUGUGUGACAAUCCCAAAGGCAAGGCUUGGAAGAAUCGUAGUUCGGAAUUUGAACUGUCCGAGUUCGAUGUGCGCGAGGAUUUGCGAAGUUGGGAGGUCAUGAACAAGGAGUGA